CCGCCCUGCUGAGGGCAGGGAAGCCCAGAAACGACAAAAGGAUCUGCUCUGCCAGCGCAUCUCCUCACUCACAACUUCUACCUUUUGUGGCUUUGCCUUGCAGGGAAAUCUCUUUUCUCACCAAGAUGUCUUGCUACGACCUGUGCCCACCCAAAACCAGCGUCGCCGUGCCCCAGCCCAUCGCUGAGAGCUGCAACGAGCUGUGCGCGCGCCAGUGCCCCGACUCUUCGGCCUUCAUCCAGCCACCGCCCGUCGUCGUCACCUUCCCCGGCCCCAUCCUCAGCUCCUUCCCCCAGCAAGCCAUGGUGGGCUCCUCCGGAGCACCCGCCUUUGGGGGCUCCCUGGGGCUGGGGGGCCUCUACGGCGCCGGGGCCACUCAGGGCUCGGGCGGCCUCUGCACCUUUGGCAGACCCUACGCUUCCCCUGCCUGCAGCCCCUGCGCCUUGCCCCGCUACAGCAGGAAGCUGUGGGACACCUGUGGGCCCUGCUAAACCCAGGUGCAAAACUCCUCUCCUCUUCCUUCCUCAAUCUCUGUCCUGAUUUGCCAUGCUCA